GCAACAUUUCCAGAUCGUUUUACAACAAUGUAGUAAUAUAAUUUAUUUAACAAAAUAUUUCAUCCAAAGUAUGGAAAUAUAUUAUUCCAAAAAUUGAAAAAUAUUAUAGCAAACUGUAACAAGUUUGUAACAGAUGUGAAUUUGUUGUGUAGGAACAUGACGUGUGGAUGUGAGGAGAAAGCACUGCUGAAAACCAUGAGCAGGGUGCUCGGUAAUUACCCAAGGGUGCAGCCUGAGAACAGACUUAGCCCGGCGCAAGACCGAGUCAGCUGUUAUAGAGUGGUGGGGAGGGGAAACCCAAAUCGAUCGGCGCAAUGCUGGCGCACGUGGACCGGACACGCGGCUGUUGGCGACCGACGAGGCGAAGAAGGCGCUGAUUGGUUUGGCGCGGUCUGGUGUUGGCGCAGAAAACACAAAACCCUUCUACAUGAUGCUGUUGGACUGGGUGUACCCGCACUACACGCCCAUCCUGCUGCACGCGAGCCACAGGUCACCACGCCAGUGCUCAAGCUGUUCAGACAACUGGUGCAGAACCGGUCGCAGCGGCUGCAGUUUGACGUGUCCUCACCUAACGGCCAGCAAGGUUAUCUGCAGCUAUGGAUUAAUCCAUGAUGGCUGAUUUUGCUUGAUAUCCUCUCUGCAUCACGAAUCCUCAUCCUCUUCGAUGAUUGAGAUCGGUGAAACUGGAAAAUUAGACUUAUGUGUAAACUAGAAAGAAUUGAUUUAUGAGUAAAUGAUAAAUAAAAACUAAUAAAAGGGAGAGAUAUAGUUUGAUUGUUGGAAAAAUUUGUGUGUUGGCACAUAAAGAAGAAAUUUGAAAACUGAGAAUUUGACAGGUGCGAACAUCCCUGCACAACUCCCCCAUUUUUGGAUGCGUUCUUGAUUCUUUCUUUUAUUUAUUAAGGUUUCAUCAUUAAGGAAAAAUACGCGCUAGUAAGCUGACUGCUUAUUAUAUGGUUUUAUACAAAUUUUGCAAGCUCUUGGUGUACAGAUUGGAGAUGUCAAAUGAAGCCAAUGUUGAAUUAUGUGGAAUCUGGAUUUUUUGAAGUUUGUUUGUUAGUUCUAUGUUAUUUUUACAGCAGUGUGUUCAUGGAAUGUUAUAUGUUGUCUUAUUGUUUUAUCUAGAUGUUUUGCUAGGUUGUGGGCCGGGGCUUGUGUGUGGUUAAUUAGAGGUCGAAUGGGUACAUCAGGUUUGUGGAUCUUGGGUAGGGCGUUCAAUUUGGGGGCUGAUGGGUUUAUGUUUUUGAGGUGUUUUUUGUUGGUAUGUGGUAUAAUAUGUUGGGUCUGGUUGAUGGCAUUCUUUAUUUGAGCCUGGUAUUUGAGAGUGGGGUCAUGUUCUAGUUCAAUAAUGUUGUUGUUUGUGAUGAAUUGCUCUACUUUUGAGUUUAGAUCAUCUUGUUUCAUUAUCACAGUGAUUUGUCCUUUGUCA